AUGACUUCCGAUCAACCCCAGACCUCCGCCAAUGGCGGCCCCGCCCCCACAGACUUCGUCGUCAAGGCCGGUCUGGCACAGAUGUUGAAGGGCGGAGUCAUCAUGGACGUCGUCAAUGCAGAGCAGGCCCGCAUCGCUGAAGAAGCUGGCGCAUGCGCCGUCAUGGCCCUCGAGCGCGUGCCAGCAGAUAUCCGCGCCGAAGGCGGCGUCUCGCGCAUGUCUGAUCCCUCUAUGAUCAAAGAGAUCAUGAGCGCAGUAACCAUCCCGGUCAUGGCCAAAGCCAGAAUAGGCCACUUUGUCGAAUGCCAGAUCCUCGAAGCCAUCGGGAUCGACUACAUCGACGAAUCCGAAGUCCUCACCCCCGCAGACCACGCCUACCACGUCAUCAAGCACCACUUCAAAGCCCCCUUCGUCUGCGGCUGCCGCAACCUCGGCGAAGCCCUCCGCCGCAUCCAAGAAGGCGCCGCCAUGAUCCGCACCAAGGGCGAAGCCGGCACCGGCGACGUCGUCGAGGCCGUUCGCCACAUGCGCACCGUCAACGCCCAGAUCGCCCGCGCCAAAUCCAUCCUAGCGUCAGCGCAGUGCCCCGAGGUCGAGCUGCGCGCGUACGCCCGCGAGCUCGAGUGUUCGUACGAAUUGCUCCGGGAGACGGCGGAGAAGGGCCGUCUGCCGGUCGUGAAUUUCGCGGCUGGCGGCGUGGCGACGCCUGCGGAUGCGGCGAUGAUGAUGCAGCUGGGCUGUGACGGGGUGUUUGUGGGAUCGGGCAUCUUCAAGUCCGGCGAUCCCAGAAAGAGAGCCCGUGCCAUCGUGCAGGCUGUCACGCAUUACAAUGACCCCAAGAAGCUGGCUGAGCUCAGUGAGAACUUGGGCGAGGCCAUGGUGGGCAUCAGCGUGCAGGAAAUGAGUGAGAAAGAGAAAUUGGCGAAGCGAGGAUGGUGA